AUGAUCCGACAACGAUUCGAACCGAACGAGCACAAAUCUUUUCUGGCUACCAGUGAAAGGAAGAAGGCCUCCGCUGCAGAACUAUUGGACAGGGAAGCAAAACUCUCAUAUGCAUCUUGUUUACAAAAACUGAAUAUCCAUCCCCUCUUUGAACGCGUCUUCCUGAACUUUUCUGGAUACUCAUUGACUGUUGCUCAAAUCCAAGCAAAUGCUACAAAGCGACUCCACAAAUUCCGCAACAGAUUUUACUUUUCAAGAGACGCAAAGCGAAUUUACAAGAAAACAUACUACUCGCGUGUCUCCCCCAUCAGUAGUACCACCGUUACACCAGGAAUUUGUCGAAGACUUGGUCGAAGCCUUCGUUGGCUUGACCACGUGCUGCGUAUGCCAGUCGACCGACUUCCUCAAAGGGCUCUUUUCGCACAACCACGUGAAGGGUGGAACAGAGUCAGAGGCGGUCAAACAAUGACUUGGCAGCGAAGUAUGAAAGCCAUUACCAGCAAACUCAGCUGCGCUGGUAAUUGUCGUCUUCCUGAAUGGGGAACCCGAGACGGGCCAGAUCAAUGGCUAGAGACAUUGUCAGACAUGGCCCAGUCGCGCCCUCAAUGGCGCUCCUCCUUUUCCAACCCCCCACUUGACAACCCACUGACAUUGCUGGAUUUACGCACCAAUUUAUCAGCUCCCGCCUGCAAUGCGCAGCUAUCUAUUCCCCCCCCAGAUCGUCGAAGCAUGCUGAUCCAUAUACACAUGAGGGGACCUAAUAUCCUGAAUAUAUAUCUAGUCCAAGUGGUUCCAUACUCAACUCAGCUCAACUCGUUCAGCCGUAGCAUCCUUUCGGUGCCUAGCUGCCAUGCUAACAGAAGGAGGCAUGAGGGCUGA